GGUAGGGGAGAGGCGAGGAUUUGGAAAUGUCCACUGAUCAAUAUUUUGACUGACAACCCAAGAAUUUGCUAUCCAAACAUAAAAUCAUGACUUGUAAGAAUUGUAACGUCAUUCAUACCUUAAAAGGCUGCCUACCAAUAGCGUCUCUUCGUAAAGUCCUGGUAUUUAUCGAAAAAGUAUUUUUUUGUGAGACUUAAGGCCUAUGGCGGGGCUAUAAAACAUUGACCUGAUCGACUAUAACUUUGUAUAUUUGAGUUUUUCAGAAAAUGACUUCACUAUUCUGAGAUUUGUUCUCCUCAAGAUUAAGAAAUGGGAAAUACGUUAGACUGCUGUUAUUGUACCCGUCAGAACAACCAGUGCCUGUUUCCAUGUAUCCGUUGCUGUUCUUAUUCCCAUCGCCGGGUUUUCUACAACUUUGAUGGCAUGGAAGCAGUCCAGCCUUUGGUCCAUUUUUACUUUCCCAAAAAAUCGGUAGUACGAAAACUUCCAGGGGAACUUAAGUCGUGUGCUGAAGAAGAAGAUCUCAAGCAGAUUAUUCAAAAUGGUAUGGGCCCGGUAGAACAGCUGAGUGCAAUAUGUUUCUAUGCCAGUAAAAACAACUACACGGUUCGCGCAGUCGGAGCAGGUGCCAGUUGGUCACGCAUUACAAGCACACGUGACAUCCUUAUUGACAUGAAAAAGCUGGACAGAAUCCUCACGAAGCCGCCAAGCAGCCGUAGAGAGAACCUGGUUAAAGAGUAUGUGGAUAUAGAGGUAGAAGGAGGGAAGAAAGUUGUGGACUUUGUAGAGGAACUCGACGCGCGGUAUGGUCUGGGUCUCCCGAUGAUUGGUAACUAUGCUGGUCAAACUGUUGCUGGAGUGGCGAGUACCUCGACUCAUGGGUCAGGAUAUUUUGCAGGAACCCUCUCCACUUCAGUCGUCGGCCUACACCUCAUUACUCACCGUGGUAUCCAAGUACGCAUCGGCCUUGGUAACGAAACUUUCGAAGAGUGUAAACAGAAACUCGACGACGCACAGCCGUGUGGGAUUCCUGUGGUGAUGAAUAGUACAACCAUGUUGAAGGGGACGGUAGUUGGGCUUGGUUCGUUAGGGAUUGUGUACUCCAUCACCUAUCGAUGUAUUCCUAUGUUCAAUCUAGAAGAAACGAGAAGUCUUAUUCGUAUUCCUUGGAGUGGAAAAAAUAGUUUUCGCAUCAGAGAGCGAUUUACUCACGCGUUUACUGAUCCUGAACUAGGAGAAUAUUUCUCGUUCUUCAUUAAUCCUUAUCCACAGCCUAGAAGUAUCCUGUACGGUGCAGUUCUUCAGUCCAAGCGUACAACACGUCGUCCCGCUUGCUGCAAGUGCUGCCUCUGUUGGUGUGGCUCAGGUGGACGUGGUUGUAGUGAAUGUGGCAUGGUACAAAAUGAUUGCACUACAAGCUGCUUGCAAUCCUGUGCGAAUUGCUGCCCAUCACGUGUUUCUGACAUUACAAACUUUGGUUUGUCUUUGAUGGACAGGGCCAAAUACCCGUUCGUUCACAAGUAUUACAACGUUUUGCAGUUUACUAAUGGCAAUGUACACGUGCGCACAGCAGAAUGGUGUUUACCGCUGGACCAAAUGGACGCAGCUCUUGCUGACGUCAUUGACACAGCAAACCAGUACGCUCAGCGUCAUCAACAGUACAGUUUGUUGCCAAUCUACGUGCGCUUGGCCAAGACUGACGAAUUAUUGUUGAGUCCAGCUAAUAAAAGGUUUGCUUCUGGAGAGACAGAACACUGCUGUUAUAUUGAGGUUCCAUUCAUGGCGGGCGCCUUUGGAACCGACGAAUACCAAGCCACCAUAGAGGAACUACUAUCCAAGAAGUACAGCGCCAGACCACACUGGGCUAAGAAUAACCAGCUGAGCUCAAACCGAGUAAAAAAGCUCUACCCAAACUUGAAUGAAUGGCAGAAAGUAUUCAAACUGUUCAACAAAGAUGGCACCUUUUGUAACGAGUUUACUAGAAGAAUGGGCUUUGAUCACUGCUUGGUGGAAGAACCCGUUAACCAAGGUCAUGCUAAUAAUAACGUCAUCAAUGUGCAACCGCCUAACGGUUAUGAUGACGUCAUCACUGAACAGCCAUAAUCGCCUUGUGAUAGUAGGCAGAUUAGGAUUCAAGUUUUUCCUUCCCGCAAACGGCAAACAUGGCCACGUUUUCAUCGUUUCCCUACAUUUCACUUUACCUUUUGCAAACCUUCUCGACAAAGACAAGUAUUCUUUUGUUUAUCUACUACUUGGAGAUUUUUGCGAUUCCUUUUCACUAAUUUUAAAGAAUUUUUUAAUGAUCAACUGACGUUUCACGUUUGCCGUAAACUAGAAUCUUAAAAUCUCUAAUGUCAUUAGUAUCUAACAACCAACGAACAAUUAAAAAUCUGAUCUGUACUGAUAUAUAACUGCACUAAAAAACUGAACAAGAU